UCCCCCUCCCCCUGAGAAGCCGGUGUCUCCUCCGCUGCCGCCGCCUUUCUUUCUUUCUUCCUUCCUUCCUUCCUUUCUCCUCUCCUGCCCGUCCCCUCCCUCCCCUCCUCCCUUCAAGCCGGGGCUCUCCCGCGUAAUCCUCGCGGCGCCUCCAGGGUCGCCUCCCCCCUUCUUUCUUUCCUUUCCUCCCUCCCUCCCUUUCGGACUCCCCGCUGUGGCCGGCGGAGGGAGGGUUGCCACGGCAGGGACUGGCUGGCGCCUGAGCAGAGAGAGAGAGAGAGAGAGAGAAAGAGGAGAGAGAGGGACCCCUUGCUCCUCUCCUGUUCCGCUCCCAUUGAAGAGAGAAGCCCUUCCUGACGAGAGAGAGACAGAGAGAGAGAGAGAAAGGACAGGAGCUGGGCCUGGGGGGAGGCGCCCCCCGCCCGGACCUUGGGCAGCAACAUGAGUGAGCAGAGCAUCUGCCAAGCACGAGCUGCUGUAAUGGUGUAUGAUGAUGCCAAUAAGAAGUGGGUACCAGCUGGUGGAUCUACUGGAUUUAGCAGAGUUCAUAUAUACCAUCAUACAGGCAACAAUACGUUUAGAGUCGUUGGCAGGAAGAUUCAGGAUCAUCAGGUUGUAAUAAAUUGUGCCAUUCCAAAAGGACUGAAGUACAACCAAGCAACACAGACUUUUCAUCAGUGGCGGGAUGCUAGACAAGUGUAUGGCCUCAACUUUGGCAGUAAAGAAGAUGCCAAUGUUUUUGCAAGUGCCAUGAUGCAUGCCUUAGAAGUGUUGAAUUCACAAGAUUCUGGUCCAACGUUGCCUCGACAAAAUGCACAACUUCCUACACAAGUGCAAAAUGGCCCAUCACAAGAAGAUAUAGAAAUUCAGAGGAGGCAGCUGCAGGAGCAACAACGACAAAAGGAGUUGGAAAGGGAGAGGCUGGAACGUGACAGAAUGGAGCGGGAAAGGCUGGAACGGGAAAGACUAGAACGAGAGAGGCUGGAGCGAGAAAGACUAGAAAAAGAAAGACUGGAACGCGAUCGAUUAGAACAGGAACAACUGGAACGGCAGGAGAGGGAGCGACAAGAACGAGAUCGUCAAGAGCGCCUUGAAAGAGAAAGACAAGACCGGGAAAGACAAGACCGGGAACAAUUGGAAUGGGAAAGACAGGAAAGAGAACGGCAAGAACAACUAGAAAGAGAACAACUAGAAUGGGAAAGGGAAAGAAAACUCUCAAAUGCUGCUCCAUCUUACGACAACUCCCCGUAUAGUACUUCACUUCCUGAAUACGCCAGUUGCCAGCCUCCUUCAGCACCACCUCCUUCAUAUGCUAAAGCAAUGUCAGACUCUACUCCAGAUUAUGCUGUAGUGACUGCUGCACAGCCAGUGUCCUCUCCCCCAACGCCACCCUUAAGGCACUCCGCGUCACGUUUUGCUACGUCUUUGGGCUCUGCCUUCCACCCUGUUCUUCCCCAUUACGCCACAGUUCCUCGUCAAGUAAACAAAAAUUCUCGACCACCUUCACCUGUGAACCCCCCUGCCUCUUUGCCCGCAAGUACCAAGUCUACUACUUGGUCUGCUUCUAGUUUUGCACCUCUUCCCCCGUCCCCUCCGGUCAUGAUUAGCAGUCCUCCAGGCAAAGCCACUGGCCCGAAGCCUGUUCUCCCCAUUCCUGUUAGUGCUCAGUUAUCCCAAAUGUCACCAUCCCCUACUGCGCCCAAUGGUCUUCCAGAAUUGGCAAAUUAUCCAGCUCCUUCGCCACCUACCUCAGGUCCAACGCCGCCGCCGCCGCCACCUUCCUUUCAGCCUCUCUCAUUCUCUGGACCUCAAGUUUCCUCUCCAAGCUCCCCUAAUGCCUCGGCUCCCUCAUCCAAGCCUAGUGUUCUCCCUUCUCCUUCUGCAGCUCCCCCUGCCUCUGUUGAGAACUCUCUAAACUCUGUGCUGGGAGACUCCUCUGCUUCUGAGCCAGUCUUGCAGACAGCCUCUCAGCCGGUUGAACCUCCGUCCCAGCAGGGUGUUAUACAAGGACCACCUGCACCUCCGCCCCCACCCCCUCUUCCUCCUGGCCCCGUCCAGUCUCCACCAGCAGUCCCUCCUCCCCCUGGGCCACCUCCACCACCCCCUCUCCCGCCAUCAGGGCCACCUCCCCCUCCCCCUCCGCCCCCCCUUCCCAACCAAGUCCCUCCUCCGCCUCCAGCCCCUCCCCUCCCUGUCAGUGGUUUCCCCAAGGGGUUGAUGUAUGAAGACCAUCGUCCUAUAACAGGACUCGCAGCCGCCCUUGCAGGAGCCAAACUGAGAAAAGUAUCACGGAAUGAAGAGUCACCUAAUCCAAGUGGAGGAUCAAGCUCUGCCUCACCUAAAACAGAUAGUGGUCGUGGGAAUGGCCCACUUCCCCUUGGAGGAAGCGGUUUAAUGGAAGAAAUGAGUGCACUGUUGGCAAGAAGGAGAAGAAUUGCUGAGAAGGGAUCGUCAGAAGCAGAACAAAAAGAAGAAAAAAGUGAAGAACCAGAGCCUUCAGUUUCCAAGCCUCCUUCAACAAGCACACCUGAAUUAACAAGAAAGCCCUGGGAAAGAACAAAUACAAUGAAUGGAAGCAAGUCACCUGUUAUCUCAAGACCAAAAUCUGCUUCCACUGGGCAACCCAGUACCAAUGGAGUACAGGCUGAAGGGCUAGAUUAUGACAGAUUGAAACAGGAUAUUUUAGAUGAAAUGAGAAAGGAAUUAACAAAACUAAAAGAAGAAUUAAUUGAUGCAAUCCGACAAGAACUGAAUAAGUCAAAUACAACAUAGAAAGACUAGGACUAAGCCAUUGUGACCACAGGUCUUGGCAUAAAGUCAACUACAUUUUGUGAGCUGUUAGAAGAAAUGGAAAAACACACUAAGAAGAAGAGAGAGCAAGAUUCUGAAAACUUUCAGACGUCACUAUUUCCCUUCGCUGCUGUUUUCUGACUUUGAACAGGGUGGAAAAUAGUCUUAAGUUGUGAUGAUGAUUUAUGCAGAAAAUCCUAUACUGUUGGACAAGAUCACAGUGCAUUGAAAUGUUUUCAUAUCAAAAUGAAGCUGUAUAUUCAUGGUUCAUUAAGAUACAAAGAAAGAAGUAAAAUAGGAGAAGGCUUUUCAAAGAGGUUUUCUUAAGGAAGGAUUUAGCAAGCUGUACUGUUGAACAAAAGUGUAUCUCAGGUUAGUCUUCCUAUCAUAUUGGCUAUUUCUAUUAAUUAAAGAUCAAACAUAACUUCGGUUUACAAAAUAGUACAGAUAGGAGAGUGUGCUGAAAAACACAAUCCAGAUAAACACAAAAUAGAGAAUGAGUGUUUUGGAAUCUCAUGAUAGGAAACCUCUCUAGUUAGCCUUCAUGCAGUUCUGUAGGGGGAAAAUGCAAAUGCUGUCCAGAAUAUAAAGAUAUAGAUGCCUUCCUAAAAUGUUAUGCUUUACCAAAUCUAAAAGUUCUCCAGAAUACAAAUCAAUGGUCAAAUGUAAAUUAUUAGAUUGUUAUAGACUUACCAUAGGUUUUUGAGCUUUUACAAAUUUAUGCAUGUAGACAUUUUUGUAAUAUAACACAACCACAGAGUUGGCUUUUUAAUUUAAAACAUUCUUGCAUGCCACAAAUAUUAAGUAGCCCUUUUUUCCCAUUAAGGCCUAGUUAAUACCCAGGGGGAAAAACUUGGGAAUGUAGGGUUGAGAAUAGGGGUGACUUUUUUAUUUAAAACAUUUGUAUUAAUUGCUGCACUAUUUUUCCUUUUAUUGCAUGCAUGUGUAAUAAUAAGGAAAAUGUUGUGACUUAUCAGUAAUCAUGUUAAAUACAGCCAGGUACUUAAUACUUUUUUGUAUCAUUUCAUUUGUAUUUCAAACUAAGUAAUGCCUCAGUAAUGGCAUUACCAACUGUUUUCGUUCUUUUCUUAGCUUAAAGUUAAGCAUCAUAGAAAUACUAAGAGGUGAUUUUUUUAAAAGAUACAUAUAAAAAUAACAAUAUACCCCCACACGCAACAGCUAGGCUACACUGUGUAUUGAGACAAAUCCCAUUAAAAUUUGGGGAGGGGAAGCUGGAGAGUCAUAGUCAGUGCAAAAUGCUGUGCUUCCAAUAGUUUAAUGCAAUGAGGGAUAACCUGUUACCGUCCAGAUGUAGUUGUACUACAUGUCCUAUUAAUAAUAGCCACCACAGCCAGUGGCAAUCUGAAAUGGGGGUUGUUGUCCACUUGCAUCAGGGAGGCCACAUUCUCCAUCCCGGCUUUAAGCCCAGGUUGUGUGACUGAUUGCAAGCUGCCUAUGAGAUCAUGUGCUCUUUUGUCCCCAUGCUCCCUGCAGCAACCAUUCUUCUUCCUUUCCACUUAGGUCCCAAGAAUUAUUAAGGGUUAUAUAAUUGUUGGUUCUAUUUUACCCAGGAUUCAAAAAUGAUUACUGUCAUUGCAGCCUAUAAUGGUGGUUGCGGCUGGUUUAAUUUGAUGCGAGAUGGGUGGAAAUCUGCAUAUGAGUUUUCUCAUGCAUUGGGCAUGUAGUUAACAAUCAAACAUUGAUGCAGAAAGUCACAAGACAGGAAAAAGUCUUAAAAGAGUAGAGUAGCAACAGUAAAUUUUUAGUAACAUGGAAGUCACUUAGUAUCAUCUCCUAUCCCAACUUCUAAAUCUUUUUUAAAAAUUUCCCAUGCAGAAUUUAGGAAAAGAUGAGAAAGAGACCCUUCUAUUGAAUUUUGUGAUUUGACAAAAGUGCAAACAAGAGCCCACUGCAUCCUCUGCUGCUCAUGAUAUAAUAGUGCCAUAUUUAUUUUGUGAACUGUUCUCAUUUGGAAGUGACUUGUAGUUUGAACAUACCUACUCAUUUUCUUAGAUCAUCCCAUUCCAUCCAAUUUAGUUCACAUAAGUUUUCAGUAGCACAUCUUCCCAAGUGUUAGACCUCAAAACAAAUUAACCAUUGUUAUUACUACUCAGAGGCUUGAAUGACACCAUCAUUUCCCCUCACUUUCUACAAGACAUAAGUAUGGCAAGUAAAAUAUAACCCCAAAUCAGUGGUAACUUCUAAAAAAUUUUUUACUUUGCAUACAUUAGUUGAAGGCAUUUAAAUCUCAAGGCAAAUAAUGUUGAUCCCAUUGACAGGAGGCAUUUCCAUCUUUUGAAAGUAACUUCUGUUUAGACGGUAAUUAAACGUAAAAACUUGCUCUUUCCAGAAUCAUGUUUGAUUUUGUUUAUAAAGACAAUUUUGAGGUUGUCUAGGAGAAUGUUACAGGUGUAAGUGGUCCAAAGGUAAGGAAAUUAAGUUACUGAUUGUGAAUGAAACUGGUUAAUGCACUAAACGUUUUGUGCCUUGGUCUAAAGUUAACAUGAUUUCUGUGUAAAAGGAAAAAAAGAAACAGAGGUCUUUGUACUCUUUCUACAUGCGUAGUUACAUAAUCCUGAAUUGGACCGCUCUGAAAGAUCUAGUUUUAGUUAAAUUGUAAAUUCCAGCUGUUACUACUAUAACAGCUAUGCCAUUGCCAGAUAUUCCUGUAAUUAAAAUUAGCUACAGUCUAUUAGGUUAUUUUAAUUACUGUUCUUUAAAAAUGUUAUGAUGGUUCCUGUGCUUUUGUACAGCGGAUGCCUUAAGCUGAAUAUGGUUUAGGGGAUCACUUUUAAUUCCAGGAAGGUAUUGCUUUCCUCAACACUGUGAUCUGAUCUGUGAUAAAUCUGUCCUAUCCAUACACAAGUGGCUAACAAGUCAAUUGCAUACAAACUGAAUGUACAAAUCUUAGUGCUGGUGCUGAAAUCUCUUCAGAGUUGUCAUGAAACAUUGUUCAAAAAGUUUGAAAGCAUCAAGUGUCAAUCAAAACUGAAGAUGAAACACUAAUGAAUGUUGAAUUUUCAUGCAUUUAGUUUACCUCCUUUUGAGUUUUCCAGUUAAUUCUCUGCUAUUUUUACCAUAUUGUGUCAUUUUAAAAUUUCUUAAAUGCUAACUUUGUUUUGUUUGAGCAGAUGAAAUAAAAUUGCAAUAUAUA